UGUGUGGCCCUGCUUAUCUGCACUGCAAACUCCAUCCCUCUACAGCCACCAUGAACACACCCGACACAAAGCCCAUAUCCAAGACAGAGCUAUGGAUGUGGAACUCACGUAGCCUGUCCAUCACAGAGUCAGUGGAGGAGGAGACCAAGGUCCACCGGGCAGUCAGUGUGUUCCAGCUCUACGUCCAGCCCUGGCUGGCCGAGCUGGUGGGCUCAACACUUUUCAUCUUCACCGGCUGCAUGUCUGUCAUAGAGAAUCCACUGGACACUGGGAGCCUGCAGCCUGCUCUAGCACACGGCCUGGCCUUGGGCAUUGUCAUUGCGUUGUUUGGAGAGAUCAGUGGAGGCCACUUCAACCCUGCUGUGUCUGUGUCUGUCUGCCUCAUUGGGGGUCUCAAUGUCAUCCUGCUGUUGCCUUAUAUAACAGCACAACUAUGUGGAGGACUCAUCGGAGCAAGUCUGGCCAAAGUUAUUUCUCCUCCCAGCAAUUACUUUAACACAUCCGGUGGUGCGUUUAACACAGUGAAAGACAGAGAUCAGGUCGGUCCCGCUAUUGUAGCUGAGGUGGUGAUGACGCUGUUCCUGACCAUGUCGGUGUGUAUGGGGGCAGUGAACGGCAAGACACGUACCUUACUGGCCCCAUUCUGCAUUGGACUGACCAUUACAGCUGAUGUCCUAGCAGGAGGAGCGAUCUCUGGAGCCUGUAUGAACCCGGCCCGUGCAUUUGGGCCAGCAGCAGUGGCUCAUUACUGGACCUAUCACUGGAUCUACUGGGUUGGGCCAAUGGCUGGAGCACUGCUCACUGGAACUCUCAUUAGAUUGAUGCUUGGUGAUGAGAAGAUUAGACUGCUGCUGAAGUGACCUGCUGAUGAUGGAGAGGUCAAAGAGUAAAACUUAAUAUGUGAAUAGUAUUGGCAUUUUAUCAUUGCCAAAUGGUCAAUCAUUCAUUUCAGUUUUUUAUAUAUUCUCAUGACUGUUGCAGAAUGUAUUGUGUAACAGUGACAUACAGCACCUGUCAAAAUUUUAUUGUUUAAAAUUUAUCAUCAACAAUAUAAAUUUCAUUUCAUUUCAAUAUAAUUUUUUUACGUCAUGUAAUCUUUUAGAACGCUUAAAGAAAAUAUUACAAUACACAGAGCAAAACAAAAACUUAUCAAAGCAGUGUAAAAGAAAAUUAAUAGAUGAAGAUUCAACAAAGUAGCCACCCUUUGCUGUAACAGCUUUGCAAAGGCUGGCCUAUUGUUCUUCUGUAGUCCGUUGCACAAGUCUGAGGUCUUUUCAGCUUUUCAUCUUGCUGAAGAUUGAGGGAUUACCCAGCAAUUUGAAAUCCUGAUGGAACUGCCUCUGAAGUCUGCUAUUAUUGCAAUGUUGGUUGAGGUUUCAUGGAUUUA